AUGCCGUCCUCCAACAUGGUGACCGUCGUACAACCGGCGCCGUCUACGGCCUCCACAGUCUCCACCACCACCAUCUUCGUCUACAGCCAGGAACCGCCAUCACAAGACAGCACCUCAGAUGCAACAAAACCAUUAAUCCCUGAGCCUUACAACUCUAUCUUCGCCUUCAUGGCCGUAAUUGCAGCCAUCAUCUACUUCAUUGGAUACACCAUCACAUAUUGCAAAAAGAAGUUCAUGAAAUGGCUCCGGCGUAAAAAGAUCCGGGAACAACAACUCGCCAAGAAGCGGGAAGAAAAGGAAGAGAAACGGGAGAAAAGAGAGGCCAAGCUCGAAACGCGGACCUACCAACUCCACCAAAUGCAGAGGAUCAGGGAAAGCGUCGAGAAGGUUGUCACAAGUGUCCAAGUACUACCAGAGGCUAUAAUGAAUUCUAUGGCGGAAGUUAUUAAGGGGGCGGUGAAAGAGGGAUACGAGAAUGGCGCCAAAGAUGCGAUGAAGGGCAUGGGGGAAAUCAUCACGAAGGCAGUCAUGGAAGGCACUAAGAAUGGGUAUAAGGAGGGAUUUAAGGACGCGACGAAGGGAAUGGUGGAGGUGAUUACAAAGGCAGUGACGAAGGGAACUAGCGAGGGCAUCAAGGAUGCGAUGAAGGAGGUAAAUCAGACGGCGAGCGACGGCGUAGAAAAGGUUGUAACCGCGGUCCAGGGGAUAGAGGAGAUGAUGAAGGUCGGCCUCGAAGAGAUGGAUCUGAGGGCCCGGUCAAUCGAGUAUCGAGUAGAUUGGAUGCUCGAUUACCAUUUCGAUGAGAACGAGAGGUUCGGUAUCCUCAAGGCAAUUCUCCUUGGAUUGCUGAGGAAGGAUGACCCUCCCUGUGAUCCCCAUGCAUUUUGGGGUGGAGAUCCAGUCGAGAAUUAG